CAUAAUUGAGCCAACGCGCCGGCUCGUAUAUAAGGCAGCCAAAGUGUUGACCAAAGCAUCAGUUCACUCAACUCCGUUCAAUCUUCAGCUUCGUGAAGUUCCACAGAUUUCGUCCCCCCAAGCAAGAAACUUCCAGCUAUGAAGACCUUUGUGUGUUUGUUGGUUACCCUAGUUGCUACCUGCUCCGCAGGCAUUCUGAGCGGCGGUGGAGGUUACAGUUAUGGCAUCGGUGGUGGCCAUGUCGAUCAUCACGAUCAUCAUGUGCAUCACGAAGUGAAGACGGUCAAGGUCAUUCAUGAGGAGGCUCCAGUGGUGCAUCAUGGCAUCUCGCAUGGUCACAGCUUUGGCGGUCACCAGGAAGUGAAGACCGUUAAGGUCAUUCACCAAGAGGCUCCAGUUGUUCAUCACGGUUUCUCCCACGGACACGGUUUCGGUGGUCAUCAUGAGGUUAAGACCGUUAAGGUUAUCCACCAGGAAGCUCCAGUGGUGCAUCAUGACAUCCAUCACGGACACGGCUUCGAUCAUCAUCAAGAAGUGAAGACCGUUAAGGUUAUCCACCAGGAGGCUGCUCCAGUUGUUCACCACGGUUUCGCACAUGGUCAUGGUUUCGGUGGUCAUCAUGAGGUGAAGACCGUUAAGGUUAUCCACCAGGAAGCUCCAGUGGUGCAUCAUGACAUCCAUCACGGACACGGCUUCGAUCAUCAUCAAGAAGUGAAGACCGUUAAGGUUAUCCACCAGGAGGCUGCUCCAGUUGUUCACCACGGUUUCUCCCACGGACACGGUUUCGGUGGUCAUCAUGAGGUGAAGACCGUUAAGGUUAUCCACGAAGAAGCUCCAGUUGUGCAUCAUGGCUUCUCCCACGGCGUUGAGCACGGCUUCGGUGGUCAUCAUGAGGUGAAGACUGUUAAGGUUAUCCAUGAGGAGGCACCAGUGGUGCACCAUGCUCAUCAUGGUCACAGCUUUGGCGGCCAUCACGAGGUGAAGACCAUCAAGGUUAUUCACGAAGAGGCUGCUCCCGCGCCCGUUGCCGUGCACACCGAGUACUUGCCCCCUGUGGUGUCUGCCCCAAGUCACAGCUACUUGCCACCAGCACCCAGCGCCUGGAAAUAAGCGCUCCCAGCUGUGCACUACAGUUGCGCUCUGUGAU